AUGUUGUUUAGACUUCCAAUGCUACUAUUGAAACUCCUCGGGGUUACAUUUUUCAUAUGGAUAACAUUAACCACAAUAAUACCCCAAACAUUACUAAAAUAUACUAAUUGUCAAAUUCAACAGAAUAAAUUUGAAAAAUCGAAUUACCCAUAUAAUUCGAUAACUUCACCUACACCAUUACCAUUGCUGAAUAGUAGUGUAUAUUUUAUAAUUGGCCAUCCCGAUGAUGAAGUGAUGUUUUUCAGUCCUUCAUUGAUUGAAAUAACCAAGAAGAAACAUAAUAAUGAUGUUAAAUUAAUAUGUUUUUCUAAAGGAGAUGCGGUUGAUGAAUCUUUUGGAAAGAUAAGAGCUGAAGAAUUGAAGCAAUCAGCUAGAAUUAUUGGAAUUGAAUCAGAAAAUGUAAUCAUACUCGAUAAUUUUAAAGAUGGAAUGAAUGAACAUUGGAGUAUUGAAGAUAUUAAUCAAUCAUUAAUUAAUAAAAUUGGAACAUCUCCACCAAACAAAAAGGAUGUGAUUUUCAUUACAUUUGAUGAUCAAGGAGUUUCCAAUCAUCCAAACCAUAUAUCAUUAUAUUAUGGAACCAAACAUUUUUUCACAAAAUAUUAUCAAAAAAAAUAUCCCAGUAAAUUAUAUGUUUUGAAGAGUUUGAAUUUUCUUGAAAAAUAUUCAUUUACUCUAUUAACCAAUGUUGAGUUAUUCAUUGAUCAAUUAUUCAAAUUUAUUAUCAAUAAUGUAUUAAAAUUAAAGAUCAAUAUUGAUAUUAGUUUUUUCAGUAAUAAUAAUCAUUCAUCAUCAUCAUCAAUCAAAGUUUACUCGGAUUUGAAUAUGUUGAGUGUUAGUUAUGCAGCAAUGGCUUAUGGUCACUUUUCACAAAUGGUGUGGUUUAGAUAUGGUUGGUUAAUUUUUAGUAGAUACUUAACAUUUAAUCAUUUAAUAGAGUAUAAUUAG